AUGCUAAGAAGAGAAACAAAGCCAGAAAGUGACAGGCCACGGAAAGUCCGGUUUCGGAUUGCCUCAUCUCACAGUGGGAGAGUUCUGAAAGAGGUCUAUGAGGAUGGACAACCACCAGGCUCCCUGGAUUCCGAAUGUGCCAGUGUCUGUGGGAUAGAUGGACUAAGUGACUCUGACAGACAGCAAAAUGGCCACAUUGGAUCAGAAGAUAGCGACCAUGAGAAAGACCAGGAUAACUUGCUGGUAUUAGCCAGGACAGCCAGUGAGAAGGCCUUUGGUACGAGAAGAGUCAACAUUUUAAGCAAAAAUGGUACAGUCAGAGGCGUCAAAUACAAAGUGAGUGCUGGCCAAGCUCUGUUUAACAAUUUGACCAAAGUGUUGCAGCAACCUUCAGCUGACCUGGAAUUUGACCGUGUGGUGAUUUAUACAACCUGCCUUCGUGUGGUGAGGACAACCUUUGAGAGAUGUGAACUGGUUAGAAAGAUCUUCCAAAACCAUCGGGUAAAAUUUGAAGAGAAGAACAUAGCUCUGAACGGUGACUAUGGGAAAGAGCUGGAUGAGCGGUGCAGGCGGGUCUCCGAAGCUCCUUCCCUCCCUGUUGUGUUCAUUGACGGCCAUUAUCUUGGGGGUGCUGAGAAAAUUUUGUCCAUGAACGAAUCAGGAGAACUGCAAGACCUCUUAACCAAAAUUGAGAGAGUGCAGCAUCCACACGAGUGUCCGUCCUGUGGAGGCUUUGGCUUCCUUCCAUGCUCUGUGUGCCACGGGAGCAAGAUGUCAGUGUUUCGAAAUUGCUUUACAGACGCUUUCAAAGCCCUGAAGUGUACAGCUUGCAAUGAGAACGGUCUUCAGCGCUGUAAGAACUGCGCCUGCUGA